ACACAUCAGAGAUCUCACACGGGGGAGAAGCCGUAUUCCUUUUAUCCUGAGGAACCUCAGACUGUGAGGGACGGUGCUGUCCUUCCUGCAGAUAAGAGGUUUUUCUGUACUGAGUGCGGGAAGGGUUUCUAUUUUAAAUCCCAACUUAAUGUGCAUAUAAGGAAUCACACGGGGGAGAAGCCGUAUUCCUGUCCUGAGUGCGGGAAGUGUUUUCUUUUUAAAUCAAGACUUAACGAGCAUAAAAUAUCUCAUUCGGGAGAAAAAACCUAUUCCUGUUCUGAGUGUGACAAAUCUUAUUCACGGCCCUCGCAUCUUUACACACAUCAAAAAGUGCACACGGGUGAGAAGCCGUAUUCCUGUCCUGAGUGCAGGAAAUGUUUUGUACUAAAAUCAAGCCUUUUAUUACAUCAGAGGUGUCACACGGGGGAAAAGCCGUAUUCCUGUUCUGAGUGCGGGAAAUGUUUUUCACGUUCCUCGCAUUUAUCCACACAUCGUAGAUCUCACACGGGGGAGAAGCCGUAUUCCUGUUCUGAGUGUGGUAAAUGUUUUUCAAUUCAGUCCAAUCUUGAAAAACAUAGGAUGUUGCACACUGAGGAGAAGCCAUAUUUCUGCUCUGAGUGUGGGAAAUGUUUUUCACAGAAGUUCAAUCUUGAAAAACAUCAGAGAUUUCACACAGGGGAGAAGCCAUAUUUCUGUCCUGAGUGUGGGAAAUGUUUUUCAGAAAAGUCCACUCUUUCUAUGCAUCAGAAUUCUCACACGGGGGAGAAGCCGUAUUCCUGUCCUGAGUGCGGAAAAUGCUUUUCAGUGCAGACCAAUCUUUACAGACAUCAGAAUUGUCAGCACAGCUGCGGCACUUCUGUACAUCACAGAGAUGUCCCUUUAUAG